GUGAACGGUUCAACAAAGAUGACUAGGUCCAAAUCGCGGCGGUUCGGGUGGCGAAACAACCAACACGACUUAAGCCCUAGAGAAAAAAAGAGAGAGCUCCCGCGAGCGCCUAGGCGUUCUGGCGGCGACGGAGUCCCAGAGGGAGUGAAUGGCGGCGGGGUUGCCGGCGCUAUCUGCGGAGGAGGAGGGAGGAGAGGGUGCGGGGGUGGGCCGAAUCGGAGGCAUCUUCAGCGCGGAGGAGUGGAGAGAAAUUAAGGCGAGAUCGAAGCAAAUCCUGCGGACUGCCGCGGACCGGAAGAGCUGCCUGGGAAGAUUGAAGAAGAGGGCGGAGGAAAUCUUGGGCGGAUCCUCAGGUGAGCCUGCUUCUAAUUAUGGAAGAGGAUUGUCGGAUCCCUUCUGUCCAGGAGAGGUGAUUCUGCCAUCUGUAGAAUUUAGGGAUAGAAUUAAAAAGGAAAAGGAGAUAGGAAAGAAAGAGGAUUCGGUGUUGAUCUCUACUGGUUAUGGGAGGAUCCCGAAUUUCUAGGAUUUAACGUUGUUUCAGUUGAGGGGCGCGAUUCAGGGGCUGGAUGAAAAUCGGGGGGCUGUUUCUCGCCAUUUUUUCAGUUACCAGAGAGAAGUUAGUGGGGAGUGGAUUUGGAAACGGACAAAUCAUAGUUAUUUGCUUAUAAUUGUGUGCUUCAAUUUCGUAAUUACCUUAGCAAUAGACAUGGAAGAGGGCUAUUUCUUCCUUAGGAGGUCGUGCCUUUGUUCUUCACAGGAAGCAGUAGCAGAGAGGGGCUCGGGUCUUCUCUCCUUUGUUCAGAUAGCGUGUCCCAUGGAGAACAAGAGUGCUGCUAAGGGGGUUUGUGGGGAAAGAGAUACACAGGGGGUGGUGAGUACUGGAGAAGAGAUGGAAUCGGCGGCGGUGGUGAGGACUCGUGUGACGGCCAGGGGGGACGACCCCCUUCUUGGCCGUACGGUGGCGGAGCACAAGGGGAAGUUGGCUAUGAGACGCUUCCGGGGUGAGGCUCCUCCUCUUGUCAUCGACAUGGAGGCUGCUAGGAGGGCCGUCUUUGGCUUCCUGGUAGUUGGACGCUUCUUGGCACCUUUCUAGAUGAACCCUCGGGCCAUCGUUAACGAGCUCCGAAACUCCGGGGCGUGGCGGCUUCAGGGUACGGCCACCGUCCAAGAGGUGGCCAGCGAGGACGGACGCUUUGUCCUAUUUCUCCUCCGAGGGGGAUCGACGGUUUGUGCUCAAGGCACAACCAUGGCACUAUAAUUGGGACGGCAUCAUCUUCGCCGAGUUCGACGGUAGGGGCGACCCGGAGAUCGAUCUUGGGGUCAUGCCCAUUCGGGCCCAGGUUCGUGAUGUCUCUUUCGAGCUCAAGACGGAGAGUAUGGGAUCGACUUUCGGGGAUCAGUUGGGGGAAGUGGUGGAUGUGUCGCACCGUAAUCAUGUCAUAGUUGAAAAAUUCUUGCGAGUGCGUGUGGGUAUCUUGCUGCACAAGCCGCUCAAGAGCAUUAUAGAGUUCACCCCGUUAGGAAGCUCCAAGAAAAUUAGAUAUGAUGUCCAGUAUGAAAAACUACCUCAAUAUUGUGAGUGUUGUGGGCUUAUAGGUCAUACUUCGGAGCGUUUCUGUAGUAUUCCAAAAGAAAAGAGUGUAGCUAUCUACCCAAGAAAAUCUUAGUGUAGAUGCUUACUGGAAGGGUCAAAGGUCACACAAGAGAGAGGUUAUCUUACGAGGUUUACCUAGAGGUGAGCAGUCUUCGUUCAUCGCACCCGACAACAAAAACAAGUCAAAGGCUAUGGAGGGUGUCGUCGUCAGAGUGGCUAAGGAGGCGAGUGUGCUCACUGUAUCCGACAAGGACGAGAAUGUAGCGCCAAAGGCGGCCCAGCCUAGUUUCCCGCUCGGCCAGGAGGGCCGGGCUUCGGGGGAGCUCCUAACUGGCGCUUUAAGCGCCGCCGAGGUAAACCGGCGCGCACGCGCGGUGCCUAGCGGGCCGGCCCACCACGAGGAAUCUGUACUAUUUAACCCUUGCUGGAAAAACAAACGCAAACAAAAAAUUCCAUGCACACGAGGAAUCGAACCCGGCACCCAUAGAGUAAUACUCCGCCAUGGCAGCCAGUAGACCAGACACGACGUUUUGUUUGCUACCAGGAAUCUGUACUAUUUAACCCAUUCAAUACUGCAGAUAACAUAUAUAUGCUGUAUAGAUUUUUUUAAAUAUAAAUUCCGAAAAAGAACUCAUAAAUAGUGCAGAUUGAAAAAAGUUCAUUGAUGUGGAAAAAGGUUCAUCCGUAUAGAAAAAAGUUCACAAAAUUGAAAAAUAGUUCAUCGAAUUUGAAAAAAGUUCAUCAAAAUUGAAAAUAGUUCAUCGAAUUUUAAAAAAGUUCAUUAAAUUUGAAAAAAGUUCAUCAAAUUUAGAAAAAGUUCAUUGAAUUUGAAAAAAGUCCACUGAAUUUGAAAAAAGUUCAUUGAAUUUUAAAAAAAGUUCAUUGAAUUUGAAAAAGUUCAUCAAAAUUUUAAAAAGCUCAUUGAUUCUGACAAAAAAGUUCAUCGGAUUUGCAAAAAGUUCAUCGAUGGUGAAAAAAGUUCACGAAUUCAGAAAAUGUUCAUAAAAAAAAGUUCAUCAAUUUGGAAAAUAGUUGAUCGAUUUCAAAAAAAGUUCAUCACAUUUUGAAAGGAGUUCAUUGAUUUUCAGAAAAAGUUCAUCGGAUUUGAAAAAAGAUUCACAAAAAAUGUUCGUGAACUCGAGAAAAGUUCGCGAAAUUGAAAAAAGAAAAAAACAGAAGAAAACUGGCAAAAAAAAACAGAAUCACGUCAGUUAAUUGAAGAACAAUAAAAGAUGCUAUUAAUCAUAAAAUGGACGCGGUCCCUGUUGGUUAGCGUGGUUGACGUGUUGUACGGAACCUGUUUGGUGGAGGGUUCGAAUCUCCUCUUUGCACUAUUUUUGAAACAUUUUACAAAAAAGGGAAGAAAAGAGUAAGGCGGGUUUUUGAAACAUUUUACAAAAAAGGGAAGAAAAGAGUAAGGCGGGCCGGCCCAGGUGCGAAACGUGGGUGUGCGCCCGAUUGCACAUACAACAGUAACGGGCGCAGAGGGCGCCGUUUAGGAAAUGCCGGGCUUCGGAGGCUCCUUCAUCGACUCCUAUCGGUGCUGCGCUCGGUCAGGAGGGCCGGGCUGCAGUGCCAAAGGCGGCCCAGCCUAGUUUCCAGCUCGGCCAGGAGGGCCGGGCGUCGGAGGCUCCUUCAUCGACUCUUGUCGGUGCUGCGCUCGGUCAGGAGGGCCGGGCUGCAGCGCCGAAGGCGGCCCAGCCUAGUUUCCCGCUCAGCCAGGAGGGCCGGGCGUCGGAGGCUCCUUCAUCGACUCUUGUCGGUGCUGCGCUCGGUCAGGAGGGCCGGGUUGCAGCGCCGAAGGCAUCUACUGGCCUUGGCCAGGAGGGCCAAGGGCUGGCGUCCCUGAUGCUCACCCAAUCGGGUGUGAUGUUUGGUCAGGAGGGGAUGCAGCCAGGGGGUUUCAGCACCUCCAAGUCUGCUGUACCAGCUGCUGUUCACCGGCAGAAAACCGCUGACCAGGAGGGCCAAGGGCUCACGGGCGGGCCUCCUGCCCCGGAGGGCGCUGCACAACAGUGGCUGGAGGUCCCCAGCGUCUAUGCGGCCCGUUUGGGUGUCACUAGUGGCCAGGAGGGACUGAACCUGGGUGUGCCCGACUUUGCAAAUGGAGCAGCACAAGGGGCUGUUAAGUGUUUUUCGACAGCCACGAAUCUUCAAGACCAACUGUUGUUCCAGCCAGGUGUGCUGGAGGCCCUGCCGGGGGCUGUUGCUGCGAGGCUCUCGGCAUCUGUGGUGGCGGUUGACGCUACGGAUGAAAAUGUGUUGUUGAAAUUUAGUGCUAAUAAGAAUCAUAGGCAGGGCCAGCUAAAGAGGAUGGGGAAGAAAGAGAAAAAGGGAAGGAGUGAGAGCGCGGAAGAUGCUCGUAGGAUAGUAAUAGGUAAAAAAAGAGAACACAUACACGACGUUCCAUGCACAGGAAGUGACUUGGAGUUUUCUUUUGAGAAAGAGAUGGAUAGUUAUGAGCAUUUACUAUACGGCGACGUGAGUGUUUCUUCGAAACGAGUGUGUACUGGUAGAGUAGAAAGAGUGAAGGAUGUUUAUGGUGUUGUGACACAUGUCGCGAAGGAGUUAGAAGAGAAGGAGGAGGAGUAUGUGCAACAGAGAGAGGAGUCAGUUGGUGAAGAGAAGGAAGAAACUGGCGCAUCGGCAGCCUUUGAGGAGGAGGUCCGCCGGGCCAAAUGAAAAUUCUAUGAUGAAACUGCCGUGGUAUGCUCUCCCCCACGGCAGUUCAUGAGCUCAUGGAGCUCCAAGGACGGGUGAACCCAAAGAUAGUUUUUCUAUCUAAAUCGCAUUUAAAUAAAAUAAAGGCUGACGAGCUAUGUUGUAAAUUAGGUUUUAAUUUCAUGUUUUUAUCAGAGAGUGAUGGUAAGGCUGGUGGUCUUGUAUUAUAUUAUCAAAACGAGAAUAAAGUUGAAUUGAACUACUUGUCUCCGUAUUUUAUUGAUGUAAUAUUUAUGAAUGAGAAUAAUGUGGAUUGGUGCUUUACGCAGU